AUGCAAUACCCAGAUGAUGCUGAUGAUCUUACCCAACUAACAAUGGAAGACUUUGUUGGCCAUUCUCAACAUCUGUUCCAGCAGGUGCCGUCCAAGGGCGAUCUUCAGUCAGAGGUUGAUUUUAUCCAUUUCAUGUUGGCAGGUAGCGUUGGGCCACAGGCAGUCUGGCCCCUUACUCCUUUCAAGGAGACAUUGAGAAAGGACAAUCAUAUCAAGAGUAAGGCAUAUGAUGCUCAGGCAAGACAUAUACUUAUCAUGAAGUUAUACAUGCUGACCAUGAACCAGGGCACUGAGAUUUGUGUUCCUAUGCAUAAGAUUCCCAAUGUAGCCUUAGGCAAAGUUCAACAAAGGCACACCCCUAGGCUCUAUAGUGCAUCCUCACUUGGAGUAGAAGUGUCUCAAGUGGACUUGGCCCUUAUUUGUGACCAUUGCCUUCAUCCUAUGAUGGCUAAAGUGAUCCUGGAAUCAACUGACCAAUGGCUUGCCUCCUAUGCUACUGCAUACACCCAAUUCAGGAAUUGCUUCAGGACACUCACAUUCAGCAGCAUCAACAUUCCAUGGUACAGGUUGGAAGAUGUCACACAGAUCUUGCUAACCAAACUUGGGGAUGAAAAGCCUGCAUUCAAAGAUGCCUAUUUUGUGCACAAGCUGAGGGGGAUGAAGAAUGCCACCAUACACAAUGGGAGUGAUGAAUAUGAGAGACAGCUAGCUUUCAAAGACAUGUCCGAGCAUGUCGAUGUUUGA